AUGAUGUUAAGAUGGUGCGUGUUUCUUCUCCUUUUUGGUAUUGGCUUAAUGCAUACCCAGAAACCGAAUAUUAUUAUAAUCAUGGCAGACGAUAUGGGCUUCAAUGAUGUAGGAUUCCACGGCAGUGAUGAAAUUCCAACCCCUAAUAUAGAUGCUCUAGCGUACAAUGGAGUAAUUUUAAACACGCAUUACACUCAAUCACUUUGUACACCAUCAAGAGCGGCUUUCCUCACUGGAAAAUAUCCCAUACACACAGGUAUGCAACAUAGGGUCAUACUAGAGUCAGAACCUUACGGACUUCCUCUAAAUGAAACGCUAAUGCCUCAACUUUUAAAACAGAACGGAUACGCCACGCAUGCUGUAGGAAAGUGGCACUUGGGUUUUUCCAAAAAAGAAUAUACACCCACUUUUAGAGGAUUCGACACACAUUAUGGAUAUUGGUUGAUGUUCCACGAUUACUUCACGCAUAUGACCAAAGCACACUUAUCAAACGAUACUGGUUACGACUUCAGAAGAAAUCUUGAUGUCGACUGGGACGCUAAAGGCAAAUACAGUACGACGUUAUUUACUAAUGAAGCUGUGAAAUUAAUAAGUGAACAUAACACUAAUAAUCCGAUGUUUUUAUAUUUGGCCCAUAUCGCACCCCAUGCUGGGAACGAUGCUAAUCCAUUGCAAGCACCUGUUGAAGAAAUUGCUAAAUUUGCUCAUAUUAAAGAUCCAGAACGACGUAUUUACGCAGCCAUGGUAUCCAUGUUGGAUCAAAGUGUUGGAACGGUGAUCGAAGCUUUACAAGAAAAACAAAUGCUGCAAAACUCCGUGAUUCUCUUUCUUUCGGACAAUGGGGCUACAAAAUACGGUUCGAAUUAUCCCUUCAAAGGGUUAAAAGAAUCGUCAUGGGAAGGAGCUAACAGAAAUUUAGCAGCAAUAUGGAGUCCUCUCAUUCAAAAAUCUCAAAGGGUUUCUAAUCAUUUGAUGCAUAUCUCCGACUGGUUACCAACAUUCUACUCCAUAGCUGGUUUAAAUAAAAGACAAAUUCCAAAUAUCGAUGGUCUAGAUAUGUGGGAAUCGAUUUCCGAAGACAAAGAGAGCCCAAGAACAGAAAUGCUCUACAAUAUCGAUGAUAUUGCUAGUUGGGGAGCAAUCAGACAAGGUGAUUGGAAAUAUAUAUACGGUUCUACUGGCACUGAAAAGGAUUUGUGGUACGGAAAUGAUGGGAAAAAACCGGAAUAUUCUUACGAUGUCAAUCAAAUAUUAUCAUCAAAAUCAGCGACAGCCUUCGCUGGACUAAUAACCUACCAACAAAUUAGAGACAAGAACUCAAACACGAAAAGACGCAGAGAACUCAAAAUAAUUGAUAAAAAUGAUAUUGAAAUGUUAAGAAAGCAAGCCACAGUUCAUUGCGGACCUUUUACUUUCGAAUAUCAACUAAAAGAGAACGAGUGCAAUCUUAAUCAAUCGCCAUGUUUGUUCAACAUAAGGGAAGACCCUUGCGAAAGAGUAAAUCUGGCUUCCACAGCUCCAAACAUCGUAAAAAACUUAGAACAACUUCUUCUGGAAUAUAGGAAAAACAUAGUACCUGCCUUAAAUAGACCUCGAGACCCCAGGUCGAAUCCAAUCAAUUGGAAUAACACUUGGACCAACUGGGAAGACUACGAUCAAGAUUUUAGAAGCAGAGUAAUUAACAAUAGAAUAGUAAACAGCAGAGAAAUAAACAGUAAUAAACCUAUUUCGUCGAUAAAUAUCAGUAUAAUUAUAGUAUCCUCUAUAUUGAUACUUUUUAUGGUAUUUGGUUUAUCUAAACUAGCUGAUAUCGAAGCGAGAAGGAGAGAAGAACGAAACGCAGAUGCGUUUUAA